UGUCCCUUCCCACAGGUUGAUGUCAAAGUCUCCUGUCUGCGCAGUAGGUCUGGCGUAUUCUGACAGGCUACAGUGAGCAUUUGUAGAAGAGAGGCUUGAGAAAAAGGAGGAGUUCGAAAAUGGCCUGGAUUUCUGGAGGCCUACUUUAAGGCUGGUCAGUUCUGCAAGAAAGGAAAAGAGGAGGAGACUGGCUCAAACCUCGGGAGUUUGGAAUCCUUGCUGUUGAUUGUCGGGCUUGAUACCACUUGAACAAGGAAAGGAGGGGGAAAUUUCACCACAUCAGUGAAGAUCUACCUCUAGUGGCAGCUUUGGUGGUGCUGGGGUUGCUGCUGACUACCACCCUCAACAAGUUCUACACCCACCCAGGAACCAUCCAUCUUCCCCCACCUUGCUUGUGCUUCUUGUGCAUUUUGUGUCACUCACGGAGGCUGAUUGACUUCUGGAGUGGCGAUUGACUCUAACUCUUGUUGCCAAACUUAUAUCCUAAAUUACCAGAAGAUUGCUGUGUAAAGAAACAAACCUGUGACACAUCUGUGAUCAAGGUUGAGACUGAGGGAGGGCUAUUUAACUGGAUUAUCUUUGUAAUUUAUACCAUGACUGGUGCGGAGAUUGAGCCUAGUGCUCAGGCCAAACCUGAAAAGAAGGCUGGGGAAGAGGUUGCAGUAGGGGCUGAGGUGGAUUGUGAAGUCCCUCUUGUGGUCAGGCCCAAGGUUCGGACCCAGGCCCAGGGAACUACUGGGGCAAGGCCCAAAACUAAGACCAAGGUUAUGGCUGUAGUACGGCCAAAGACUGAGGCAAGUGCAGUGGGUAGGUCACGUGCUAAGAGUAAGGCUAAGACAAUACCUGGGUCACAAUUUAAAUCUCGGGGAAAUGCCCAUAGCAAUGCCUCUCCAGUGGUUAAUACUAAUUCUGGGUCGGUUGCUAAAACUAAGUGCCUGUCUACAGAUAGAGAACUGGUUAACAGGGACACUCAGAGCUUUCACAGAAGGAAGACCCAUUCCCAAACUGGUUUCCAGCCUUCUCUUGUGUCAGAUGAUGAUGAGAUUAAUAUGGGGUCCUGGCACUAUCCCAUGCCUACUUCCAAACAAGAGGCCUCUUACAAUUCUAAUUUCAGAUGGGUUGACAAAUCCUCUGUGAGUUCAUGGUUUUGGAAUGGAGAUGAGGUCAGUACAAGAUGUCAUCCUAGUAACAGGACAAAGGCCAGGACCAGGACCAGGCACAUGGCCAAAAAGGGGGCUAAUACUAUGUCUAGGUACAAAACUAAUCAGGAGCUCUAUAUUUUGUCUAGUUCUUGUUCUGAGGAUGAGUCUGUUAAGGCAUCCUCGUUCUGGUCCCAAGAAAACACCAAUACUUGGUCUGGGCCCAGGGAAGAGGCCAAUAGGUCCAGGUUUAGGUCCAAAAAAGAAAUCUUUGUUGAAUCGAGUUCUGGAUCUGAGCAUGAAGACCAUAAGAAGUCCAGGUUCUGGGCUGGAGAGGAGACCAAAUUCAGAUCCAAACGCAGAGCCAGGAAAGAGGCCAAUACCAGGGCCAGGCACAUGGCCAGGCGAGAAACUUGCAUUGAUUUCAUGUCUGGACCUAUAGAUGUAAUCAAAAAAGAGUCUUGCUUCCAGCCUGAAGAGAACGUUAAUACCUUUUCAAGGCCCAAGACCAAGAAAGAUGCCAGGGCCAGAGCAAUAGCAAAGGAAGAGGCCAAAACCAAGGCCAGAGCCAGGGCUAAGCAAGAAUCCAGGUCAGAGGAGGAGGUGCUUAUUGGGACUUGGUUCUGGGCUACAGAAGAGUCCAGCAUGGUGGAUAGGGCCAGCAUUCAGUCCAGUCCACAAAUAGAGGAUGAGUCCCUUGUUGGGAGCUGGUUCUGGACUGAAGAAGAUGCUAGUAAGGGGACUGGGCCUAGCAGUAACUCCAAACCAAUGGCUAAGGAGGAGUCUUUUGGUGGUUCCUGGCUUGCAACUGGAGAAAAGACCAGUAUGAGAACUGGGACUGAGUCUACCGCUGAAUCUAUACUAGCAGCUGAUGAUGAUGAGGUCAUUAUUGGUUCCUGGUUCUGGACUGGUGAAGAAAUCAACCCAGUGGCUGAGGAGGAGACUAUUUUUGGACCUUGGUUCUGGGUCACUGAUGAGAACAGUGUAGAACCUGUUGUUGGAGUCAGCUGUGAGUCCAGGCCAAGUUCUGAGGAAGAGGUUAUUGGUCCCUGGCUCUGGGCUGGAGAAGCAGUUGAUAAGGAGACUGAGGUUAGAGAACAGGCCAGGCCAGGAACUGAAGAAGAGACAAUAUUUGGUGCCUGGUUUUGGGCUGAAAACCAGACCCAUAUGGAUUCUGGGGCUGAAGCUAGCUGUAAUAUGCCAGGGGCUGAGGAAGAGGAGCCUAUUAUUGGGUCUUGGUUCUGGGCUAAAGAAGCAGCUUGUGUAAAGGCUGACAUCAACAGCAAGUCUAGCCUGGAGGACGAAGAAGAGGCCAUUAUGUCAUCUUGGUUUGGGGCCAGAGAAGAGGUUAAUAUGAAGUAUGGGACUGGUGUAAGUUGCAAAUUUAUGGCAGGGGCUCAGGAGACUCAAAUUAGGUCAUGCUCCUGGGCAGAAGAACCCUAUAUGUAUCCUGCCAGUGGAGGAACCUGGAAGUAUAGGCCAGAGGAACAAGAGGAUCCUGUCAGUUCAUGGUUCUGGUCCAAAAAAUACACAAGGCCAGAUGCCAUUGUAGGGUCUCAGUUAUCAGCUGCAGAAGAGGGUAGUAUAGAUGGCACUGGAGAAGAGACCAAGCUACUGGCUGAAGAGGACACCAUGAUCAAUUCCUGGUUCUGGAAAGAAAAUGAAGAAGCUAUUAUAGAGGCUACCAACAGAGAAGAUUCCAGGUCAGAAGCUGAGGAGGGUGAUAUUUUUGGUUCUUGGUUCUGGGCUGGAAAAGAAGAUGGGCUCAAGGCUGAAGCUGGAGAAGAGGACAGGCUACUAGUUGAGGAGGAAGGUAUUGUUGGGUCCUGGUUCUGGGCCAAGGAAGAGACCAUUAGAAGAGAGGCUGAAGAGGAAGAAUCCAGUACCAAAGCUGAAGAGGAAGAAACGAUUGUUGGACCCUGGUUAUGGGAAGAAGAGGCCAGUCUGGAGGCAGUGACAGGAAGCGACUUUAAGUUUGGGACUCAGGAAGAGGAAAUCACUAUGGGGUCUUGGUUUUGGGCUGAAGAAGCCAACAUAGAGGCUGGGUCUCAGGCAGUAGAAAAAAAUGGGUCAGGAACUGAAGAGGGGACCAUUUUUGGAUCCUGGUUUUGGGCUGAAGCAGGGACUAACAAAGAGAUUAUUGUUGAAUCUCAGUUCUGGUCUGAAGACAAGGUCAUUAAGGAAACAGAAUCUGUGGCCUCUUGGGAGUCCAAGCCAGAAAAUGAGAAAGGGCCAGCUAUUGGGUCUUGGUUUGGAGCUGAAUAUGAGAUGAAUAAGAGAACUGGCAGUGCUACCAACUGUGAGUCUAGGACAUUAGCUGAUGAGGAUGAGGCCAUAGUGGGGUCCUGGUUCUGGUCAGGAGAUGAGACCCAUUUUGAAUCAAAUCCUAAACCUGUGUUCAGGGCCAUUUGCACAUCAAGGUACUCAGUUGAGCAGGAGCCUGAUCCUUCACGAAGGCCCCAGACUUGGGAGGAGGUCACUGUUCAGUUCAAGCCUGGUCCUUGGGGUAAGGUUGGUUUCUCAUCCAUAAUCCCCUUUAGAUUUCCAAAAGAAGCAGCAUCUUUAUUCUGUGAAAUGUUUGGGGGAAAGCCCACGCAGGCGGAACUUAGCCCUGAAGAGGAAGAGCAGGAAUCUAAACUUGAACCUGAUCAGUCUGAUGCUGAGUUCCCAUUUCAGUAUGAUCCUUCCUACCGGUCAGUCCGGGAAAUUCGAGAGCAUCUUAGGGCCAAGGAGAGUGCAGAGGCUGAGAACUGGUCUUGCAAUUGCAGACAAUGUGAGCUUAAAAUUGGUUCUGAAGAGUUUGAAGAACUCCUUUUAUUAAUGGACAAAAUUCGUGAUCCUUUUAUUCAUGAAAUAUCUAAAAUUGCAAUGGGUAUGAGAAGUGCUUCUCAAUUUAUCCGAGAUUUCAUUCGAGAAGCUGGUGUUGUCGCACUUAUUGAAACCUUGCUCAAUUAUCCAUCCUCCCGAGUUAGAACAAGGUUUUUGGAAAACAUGAUUCGCAUGGCUCCACCUUAUCCAAAUCUAAACAUGAUUGAGACAUACAUAUGUCAAGUGUGUGAGGAAACCCUUACUUGUAACUUGGAUUCCCCUGAGCAGCUUUCUGGAAUAAGGAUGAUAAGACAUCUCACUACUACUACUGACUAUCACACACUGGUUGCCAAUUAUAUGUCUGGGUUUCUCUCCUUAUUAGCUAUAGGAAAUACCAAAACAAAGUUUCAUGUUCUGAAAAUGCUACUGAAUUUGUCUGAAAAUAUUGUGAUGACAAAAGUACUACUUAGUGGUGAAACAAUGUCAGAAUUUGUAAACCUCUUUAAGAGGGAAGAGACACAUGACAAUGUUCAAGUUGUUCUUACAAUACUUGAGAAUAUUGGUAACAAUAUCAAAAAAGAAGAAGAGUUCACUGAUGAUUUUGAUCUUGCACCACUUAUUUCUGCAUUCCAUGAAGUUGAGAAAUUUGCCAAGGAAAUGCAAGGCAAAAGAGACAAUCAAAAUGACCCUCAAGCAGACCAAGAAAAUUAGUAUGAUUAAUUAUUGCCUCUGAUUGUCCUUAUAUUUCUUGAGUUCCUUGAGUUGUGAUCCUUGAGUGAUGCUUUGGUUUUAACAGUUGAUUCUAUGUUGUCUUGUACAUCUUUCAUGCUGAUAGUAACUUUGCUUAACUAAUUGUGUAAGCUAGAUCAUUUUUCUGAUGCCAAAUGAAUAUUAUAACUAAAAAUAACACUUGUUGAUACUUGUCCAGAUUGUGAUCUUUAGUAUUUGAGCUCAUAGUGAACAGAGCCAUCAUUAAUAAGCUACCUUUCUGAUUUUUGUUCUACUGUAUUGGUGUUGUGUUUCAAUAAAAUUCAAUGCUAAAGUUGGUGAAAAUCACCCUUCUUCUAUUUAU